AUGGCUGUGCUCUUGUUGAGACAUGUUGGUUGUCAUUGCCGCUGUGCCCAUCUAAGUCCUAAGCUCUGUAUCAGAAAUGGACAUCUUCCCAUGGCGAUAUCCCUUUGGCACCCUUUGGCCUUGAGUACAAAGGUCUUUCUCUUUGGCUUGUUGGCCCUCUUGGCUCUUGGCAACUUUCAAUCUUAUUUGAAACUUGUAAAGUCCAUGUGUCUGGGGACAUCACUGAUCUACACAGCCAAUUUUGCACUUGUCUUCCCUCUCAUGUAUCAUACCUAGAAUAGGAUCUAACACUUGAUGUGGAACCUAGAGAAAGGCCUGAAGAUUCUCCAGCUAUACCAAUCUGGAGUGGUUGUCUUGGUUCUUACUGGAUUGUCCUCUGCAGGGCUGACAGCCACGUUAAGAGCUGUCUUCCUAUAUCCAUGUUAA